GGCAAUAGGAUGUACGGCCUCGGGUUCUGCGCCGGGGACGUCGCCACGAGCGACGAGUGCGCAUCAUGCCUCGCAACAGCGGGGCGAGCCAUUGCGGAGGAGUGCCCCAACAAGACGGAGGGGUACAUGUGGUACGGCCAGUGCUUCUUGAAGUACUCGCAGCAGCGCUUCUUCGGUGAGCUAGACGCCGACGAGCACACCUUCUGCGGCGGCGCGGCGCCGGUGACCGCGGAGUUCGGUAAUGCGACAGAGGCGGGAGCGCGGAGCAUCGCGCAGGCCGCGUGGGGCAGCCCGUCGAUGUACGCCGCCGGCGAGGUGGUGGUGAACACGACGGCGAGGAGCUACGUGCUGGCGCAGUGCACGCGGGAUUUGACGGCCAACAUAUGCCAGAUUUGCUUGGGUGGCGGGAUCGGGAGGAUGACGGCGUCGUGCGGGGCGCAGAGCGGCGGUUGGCAGUACUUGACCGGCAGCUGCACCGUCCGCUACGAACAAUUCCGCUUCUUCAACGAUCCAUCCGCUUGGACCACGCAAGGAGGGAAAUCAUCAAGAGGUAAAGUCAUUGCCAUUGUUCUUCCAAUUGUGGGAGCUGUGCUAUUUGGAGUUGUUCUCUUGCUUUUGUUGAUUUUGAGGAGAAGAAGAGGAAAAAAAAGCUUUCAGGAAAGUGAAAAUUCUAAACUAAACUCUCUCAAGAGGCUGCAAGACAAAGACCUAACCCUCAUGGAUCUGGAUGUCAUACAAGCCGCUACGAAUAACUUCUCCGAUGAAAACAAGCUCGGAGAAGGUGGAUUUGGAGCCGUUUACAGGGGAGUACUAGUCGAUGGAAAAGAGAUAGCAGUGAAAAGGCUAUCUCAAAAAUCGAAUCAAGGUUCUUCUGAGUUCAAGAAUGAGGUGAAGCUUAUAGCAAAGCUUCAGCACAAGAAUCUUGUGAGGAUGUUGGGAUGUUGUGCUGAAGGGCAAGAGAAGUUACUAAUCUAUGAAUUCCUCCCCAAUAAAAGUCUUGAUGUCUUUCUAUUUGAUCCAAACCAGCGCGCACAAUUGAGUUGGGAGAGAAGGUUUCUCAUAAUCUCAGGAAUCGCCAAAGGCCUUCUCUAUCUCCAUGAAGACUCACUCCUCAAGGUCAUCCAUAGGGAUCUUAAAGCGAGCAACAUCUUGCUGGACAAAGACAUGAACCCGAAGAUAUCAGACUUUGGCAUGGCGAAGGUUUAUAGCACAGAGGAUAGUGAUGUAGACACAAGUCGGAUUGUUGGAACUUACGGAUAUAUGGCUCCCGAAUAUGCCAUGAGUGGAUUCUUCUCAGUAAAGUCGGAUGUGUUCAGCUAUGGAGUCCUUCUCUUGGAAAUUAUAAGCGGGGAAAGGAACGGUCGAGCAUACGCAGAGAAACAUGGCCAUAACCUACUUACACAUGCAUGGAACCUAUGGAAUGAUGGGAAGGCAUUGGAGUUCAUCGAUUCGCUGCUUGAGAAACAAUAUGGGGCUGAUGAGGCAGUGAAAUGUAUCCAAAUAGCUCUACUAUGUGUUCAAGAAACAAUGGAGGGAAGACCUACUAUGUCCGAAGUUGUUCUUAUGUUACGAAGUGAUCAUAUCGCGCUUCCUAGACCUGUACCACCUCCAAACUUUAUGAAUAGAAGGCAGUUUGAAUCUGAGUUGCCUUUUUCUAGCACGAUGAAUCCAACGACACUUAUGUCUAUCAACGAGGUUACCGACUCGUAUGCUGUUCCUAGAUAACAAACUGAAAGAAAGGUUGGUUAGGCAAUGUAUGCUUUAUGAAUUUCGUUCAAGAAGAAAAUUUAUGUAAAGUGUAUCUUGUUCCUUGAGCAAAGGCAUAAGCUUGUGUA